AUGGAAUCGUUUAAGGCGUCAACAGUUCCGCAGAGUGAAAUCUGUUCGGCUGUAGUGUAUCUUGGCUGCACUGAGGCAGACGUUCCAAUUGUCACCAAGCCACCAGUCUAUCCUUCACUUCCUGGAUUUUCUCCACUGGAUAACGUGAGGCAGCAAGUGUACGUUCCAUCGAAUGCACUACCAUACUGGCAAGGAAGUGGACCAAUUCCACCACAAGGCGCUUACGCACCUAAGGCAUUCACGCAGAAGAUACCGAUGAUGCCAGCCGUCAAGCCGGAAAAUUUUCACGGUGUGAUUCCUAUGCAGCCGUCGGUGAGUCCAGAGAUGUUUGACGCCGUUCACGAACGCGGCCACUUCACAAGACCUGUGCCACCUCAACCUACGCAAGAAUGGGUUAAUCCAACCACCACUAUUUCUCAGGAUUUUUCCUCUAGCUAUACUGGCGACAUGCCAACAAUUUUUAUUUCGCAAAGCAAUCCAUUCAUCAUGCCAAAUACAUCCUUGCCACGACUGAUAUCAACAAAAACGGAAACAAACCCUUCGCUAGAAAGAUAUUUGGAGACCCUAAAUCUUGAAGAUAUUACCAGUUCUUCGGCCAUAAGCCAGGGUACAACUUCCGACUUUGCGACCACACUGGCAACGACUUUUAUGCCAGAUAUCACAUUAUACAACAGCACCCUGCCAAAAAUGUCAACUGUAUCCGAAAGUGCACAGGAACAUUUAGAAAGUGUCCCAAAGGAGGACAGGUCGGACACAGCUUUUGCCGAUCCGAAUUCGUUCUAUGUUAAACACGAGAAGUCAUUCUAUUUCCCAAGACCCGCCUUGUCACAGGUCUACCAGCCGCCUGGUCAUCAACCCCAAGAGUUUACUCAGCAUAUCGAUGUCAACUUCCUGAAGCCAAAUCGAACUUGUGUCGGACCUAUUUGUGGAAUCGACACAGAUAAGGGUGAUGCUGCACGACUCGGUUACAUUCCGCCACCACCGAAAUUGGUUUCGGAAUUUUUUGUGCCACCGACGUCGACCGAAUACUACAGUAAUGAAUUUAUUCCAGGAACGAACGGUUAUCCACGUUCGGAAAUACAAGAACCUCUUUAUCCAGACGAAUUUAAUAUCGUUGAACCGUACCAUCCUGAGAUUCCCAAAGGCCCUCACGUCUUCGUACCGCCGCAGAGUUUUCCUGCACCACCUCUUCCGACUCGGGUACCUCCAGCUCAGAUGACACUAGAAACCGAUACUACUACAACUUCGGCUCCGAAUACUCUUCCUCGCUUCCAAUCUACUUCGACGUUUACAGAAUCUGUACCUGAGACUACUACCAAGUGGCCAAAGUUGUCACUUACGUAUACUCAGCCCCCAAUUCUCUCCACACAAGAAACGUAUCCACAGCAGCCAGCUGCCUUUGGUACUGUACCACCUUUACCUACUACAACCACAAGAGAACAACCACUACUGAUGUCGUUUCCACAUCCUACUCCAGCUUCUGGAGCACCACAGAGUUGCAGUUUCACUAGCGAAAUGCCAACGACAGUUAGCCAACUACCCACCACUUCUGUCGGAUCUACGAGCACUAUGCGGAAAACUGAGGUCAUGAACAGAAUUAUAGGAAAGGUUCGAGUGGUGUGUAAGGAGGACGGUAUUGAAUUCAGCGCCAGCACUUUGUUUCCGUUCACCGGUCAGAUUUUCGCCAACAACCGCAGACGGGUCCCGAAUUGUUCGCACAACAUCGUGAACACCGUCGCUCCCAAGGUUUUCCUACCAUUCCUAGAAUGUGGCGUGAAAAACACCGGCGAUCAGAGAGAUAGCCGUGCUCAGUACCACAUGCAGGUGGUGAUGGUGAUAGAGCAAUCUGACGGAACAUCAACAGUUCAGUCCUUCAUGGCCCAAUGUGUACAGCAGAAAAUUCACUACGACAAGCAGACACUACCACGAAGAAUUGAGGAGGCACUGGAAGAACUUCGACUUGUCGCUACAAAACUCGAGCAAAAAGCACCACUUCCACAGGUGGAAAUGAAAGCAGAUGCCUACGGAUUUCACGUGAAGAACUGUAUUGUGAAGGAUGAUAUCAUCAAUGUCGAACACAAGAUGAUUGACGAAUUGGGAUGUUCCACGGAUCUGACCAUCUUCGCUCAUCCACACUAUGACACAUAUCACGACACUGCGUCUUCUCACUUGUGGGCAUUCAAGCCACCUUUUUGUCCCGAUCUAAUCACAUCUCCACCAAAUUCAAUUCUUUACGAUGCUGAGGGAGCGUUCCUGAAACGACGACGUCAGGUUGGACGUGAAUUCACUCAAUCAGUACGAGCAGCACUCUGCACAGGACCGGCAUGCGAUUCUCAACCACUCCGAUUUGACAAGCGAUGCUUCGAUCUUCACUGGGUGGCCGCCUCAACUGGACUGUCGUUUGCCUCACUUGUCUUUGCUGUCAUCAUACACAUUGCUGUCAAAGUAAAGGUAUCGCAGAAGCAGCGAUAG